AUGGCAUUGGCAGCCUCAAAACAGGAGCAGCCCGAGCUGCACAAUAUAUCAGAUCUACUUGAAACAAUUUCAACAUCUCUCAACGCUACUGGGACCUCGUUGCCAAGCAACAAGCGUGACACCGCUUCCGAAGUUUCGAUUAUUCCACCGCAGGACGGCAUCUCGCUACUUGAUACCAAGUGCGAUCUGCUCCUCUCCUAUCUCCAGAACCUCGUCUUUCUCACGCUUCUCGAGCUGAGGGAGCUACCUUCGAAAGAUACUACCCGGGAGAAAAAUGAAGAUUCCGAGUCCACCCAAUCCAUUCGGACACAAGUUACAGACAAACUUAUCGAAUUGCGCACAUACUUGGACCGUGGUGUCCGGCCUUUAGAAGGAAGGUUAAAAUACCAAGUGGAUAAGGUCAUCAAAGCGGCGGAGGCAGUGGAAAGAGCCGAGAAAGGAGCGCAGCCCGCCAAGGCUACCGCGAAGGACCAAAUGGAGAGUGGGAGCGAGGAUGAUUCAGCCUCUGAUAGGGGCGGCAGCGAGGACGAGGAUGAAAGUGAGGAAGACGAGGACAUUGAUGAAAUGGCAUAUCGACCCAACGUUUCAGCGUUUUCAAAGAAGACUGGUCUCGAAGCGAAGGUGGAUAAGGCGGAUCGGAAAGCCACAAGCGAUGGAAUCUACCGACCACCGAAGAUCAUGCCGACCGCGAUGCCUACGACCGAACGUAAAGAGCGAAAAGAGAGACCUACGCGCCGGUCCAAUGUCAUUGAUGAGUUUGUCAGCGCUGAGAUGUCCUCCGCCCCUAUGGCCGAACCCAGCAUCGGUAGCACAAUUGUAUCCGGAGGGAGACACACCAAGACAAGGAAGGAGAGGGAGAACGAGGCCGAGCGAACCCGUUACGAAGAAACUCACUUUAUUCGUUUGGCGAAUGAAAGCAAGAAGGAACUGGCGAAGAAAGCGGCAUCCCGCCGGCGUGAAGGCACAUUCGGGGGAGAAGAAUGGAAAGGUCUCGCUGAAGGCGCAGACCGAAUUACGAGACUUACGCAGAGGGCGAAGGGAAGUGGCAAUGCCCUCGAGAGGAGCCGGAAACGCAAACCCACGGAGGACGGCCAGCGUGGUGACGGAGUCGGGGUCGGACAAAUCUUCGAGAAGCGGCGGAAGAAGGUUGACUCGUGGAAGAAGCAAUAG